AUGAUUAUUGCAGACCAGCAGCCAAGUUCUCCGUCCUCCAAGCGAUCGUUUGCGACGGACUUGCCAACGACUCAACCUGGCUCACCGUCGUCUGAAUACGAUGCGCCGCCCCCCGCAUACCAUCCGCCGCUACCGACUUCGCCUCUCCCCCAGUCACCUUCUACCCCGAUACACAAAAACCAUCCCUAUUCGGGGAAACGCAAGUUCUGGCGGGUCAUACUGAUUGGUCUGGGCGUAUAUGUGGUCGUCAGCGCUACGAUCGUUACCCCCCUGCUCGUAUACAGACUCCGGGGCUCCAAGAGUGUCUUGCCCGACCCGAUCGAGAGCGACGAGCCGAGUAAAGGUCCCAAGCACGGAGACUGGCACGAAAGACCUUCUCGGCCCCAUUGGCCCCCGCCAGGUGGCGCAGAGAGCGACUCUCGCUGGGACUUGCCCCAUCCUCCAGGGCCACCACCUGGUCACGAACACAACCAUGACCAUGACCGUGACCGUGACCGUGAGCAUGGCCCAGGUGGUCCUCCAUGGCGCGGCCCCCAUGGAUGGAAUCCCGACUGCGGCGAAGGCCCAGAUAAACAAAAGUGUCAUCGUCCGCCCAAUGUACCUCCCGUCGACGGCCAGAUCGUUACCUGCAACAAAUGGAGGAAGCCGACUGUCGAGGAGCAGCUUCCUGCAUCGGAUCCAGCCCCGUACAACUCAUUCUUGAAAUAUGAAAUGCCAUUGGAUCGCGAUAUCUUUAUCCGCGCCGCCGGCAAGUUGACAGCAGGUGCCUUCCAGCUGGUGGUCGACGAAAAGAUUGAGAAAAUGGAGGUUCAUGUCGAAAUGAGGUUCAAUGAGCAUCAUUCGUAUGACCAUACAAAUGUAUGCUUGAUGAAUAGGGAUCAUUCAAACCCUCCUGCGAUGGGUGUUGGUAUCUAUCAUCUCGUUCAAUAUCACACUCCGAGUCCCCUCAUGCACUACAACUACACCAUCGACACCCACCUCCCCAUCUUUGAACAAAAAAUUCUCUCCCGACCAGGGGUGUAUUUCGAGCGGCUCCGCUUGAGUGGGGCAGCAAGCCCGAUGUUCCUAGAAAGUGUGGACGCUGGCACCGUAGAUGCCAAAACCGUCUACGAACGAAUCAGAGCUAUUGGCGUGCGCGCGGCCAAAAAGAUCCGGCUGGCUACCAUCGAUUCACCUAUUGAUGUAAUGAUCGCGGCCACGAGUAACUCGAAUUCGACCGAACCGGUACAGAUUGACUUGCAGACCAUGAACGACCAUAUCGCUGGCGCUGUCCUAUUGGAACAUGACGGAACGAUCAAAGCGGGCGAUGAAGAAACCCCAGACUUCUCUCUGACGCAAAGACAGAUCAAUUUUCCUCAUUAUGCAGGAAACUCACCGAUAUUCCUGCGCGUAAUGCACACCGAACGGUCUGAGCCAUCUGUGCUGCACGCCAACCUGACGACGAACCUAGGCGAAAUCGAACUCAUCAUCGACCCGCAAUUCGAAGGCACGUUCGAUCUCGUGGCAGAGCAGGCUAAAUCGGACGUGGAAGAAGACGCCAAGCAUACCGCCGAUCCAUCAGGAAUGGGCCGUCGAGGGUUGGGGAUUUGGCACGGGGACAAGGUCGCGCAGCCCAAGGUUCGCGGUGGACGGAUACGCGCGGUCACGUCGAUGAAGACGAAUACGCUGUUGCUCCCUAGCGGGCCGGACAUGGACCGAGUGACCGAAGAGCGCGCCGCGUUGUUCAGGGCGUUGGGAGAAAAGGAGAUCGAUAGCGUUGCGGAGCGGAUGCGCAAGGCUGGUGGGGUGAAUGCUUAG